CGCCUGGAGGCGGAGCCGCCCGCGGAGCUAAAUGGGGAGAAGGCCGAGCGGAGGAGUCCCCGUGCCGCCGCCAUGGAGCAGUCCCGCGCCGCCCCCCGCCUGCAGGUCGUGCUGGGCCACCUCGGCCGCCCGUCGGCCCGGGCCAUCGUAGGUCAUCCCACUUCAGGGACUAUUUCCUCUGCCAGUUUCCAUCCUCAACAAUUCCAGUAUAGUCUGGAUAAUAAUGUUCUCACCCUGGAACAGAGAAAAUUUUAUGAAGAAAAUGGGUAUCUUGUAAUUAAAAAUCUGGUAUCUGAUGCUGAUAUUCAACGCUUUCGGAAUGAGUUUGAAAAAAUCUGCAGAAAGGAGGUGAAACCAUUAGGAUUAACAGUAAUGAGGGACGUGGCCAUUUUGAAAUCAGAAUAUGCUCACGGUGAGAAGAUGAUCACGAAGGUCCAGGAUUUCCAGGAAGAUAAGGAGCUCUUCAGAUACUGCACUCUCCCUGAGGGGGGAGUUAACAAAAUGUUCCACGGGAUCCAGGACUAUGAGGAAAAUACCGCCCGGGUGCACCUGGUGAUGGAGAAGGGAGACACUGUUUUCUUCCAUCCUUUGCUCAUCCAUGGAUCUGGUCGGAACAAAACCCAGGGGUUCCGGAAGGCAAUUUCCUGCCACUUCGCCAGUGCUGAUUGCCACUACAUCAGUGUGAAGGGCACCAGUCAAGAAAACAUUGAGAAGGAAGUGGGAGGAUUAGCAAAUAAACUCUAUGGCAUUGCAAAUACCGUGGACUUGAAGGAUAUUUGGAUGUUUCGAGCUCGACUUGUGAAAGGAGAAAGAACCAAUCUUUGAAAUAGCCCUCUGCUAUAACUCUUUUAAUGGAAAACCAAAACCAAACAAAGUGUCUAAGGAAAAUGUUUCUUAAUGAGUUAAUGUAACCUUUUCUAUCACUUGUUAAAAUCAGAAAACAUGUAUCAGGUACUAAGUGCAUAGAAUUAGUUUUGCUCUACAAUGGUGUUGCUUUAAUGGAAAUAAAAACAGUAAAAGUGAAAAAAAUAAAAACAAAAGCACAGUAAAAGUGAAAUACUACUGUUUAAGGAAAAUUAAUUUAGGGUUGCAUCCAUUAAAGAGGAUUGGUGUAUAAUUGAACUGUUAAA